UCUCUGUCCCUCCCCCUAAAAUGCGUUUAGUAUUAAUUAUAAAAGUAGUAGAACGGAAUCACAUAAAGAAUGUGAACAGAUUAGAGGCGGGUUUUGUGCUGUGAAUUUGUUUGGUGGGGCAAUAAGGCAUCCUUAUAAAUACGCUAAGUCUUAACCACCUCUCUCCUCACACCUCUCCUUCUUCUCCUCCACCUCUGUCUCAAACUCAAUUUCCCCACAAAAACCCCAAACCCCCCCGCCACCCACCCCCGCAAAAAAAAAAAAAAAAAAAUCCCUUCAAUUUCCUCCUCAAAGAUUCUUUAUUCUCUCCUCGGUCCCUACCAAACCUUGUUUGGACAUGGCUGAAUACGAACCCAAGAACAUCCUCAUAACUGGAGCUGCUGGCUUCAUUGCAUCCCAUGUUGCCAAUCGGCUUAUCCGGAACUACCCUCACUACAAAAUCGUUGUUCUGGACAAGCUUGAUUACUGUUCAAACUUGAAAAACCUCAGGCCUUCUCAAUCAUCACCAAAUUUCAAGUUCAUCAAGGGAGACAUUGCGAGUGCUGACCUUGUCAACUUCGUUCUCCUUACCGAAUCCAUCGACACAAUUAUGCAUUUUGCAGCCCAAACCCAUGUUGACAACUCCUUUGGAAAUAGCUUUGAGUUUACCAAAAACAAUAUCUACGGCACCCAUGUCCUUUUGGAAGCUUGUAAAGUCACUGGCCAAAUCAAGAGAUUUAUUCAUGUGAGUACUGAUGAGGUUUACGGAGAAACAGAUGAGGAUGCACUAGUGGGAAAUCAUGAGGCUUCUCAGCUCCUCCCAACAAACCCUUACUCUGCGACUAAAGCUGGGGCUGAGAUGCUUGUGAUGGCAUACGGACGGUCAUAUGGUUUACCCGUGAUAACUACUAGAGGAAACAAUGUGUAUGGACCGAAUCAGUUUCCCGAGAAGAUGAUUCCCAAGUUCAUCCUCUUAGCAAUGAGAGGACAGACUCUUCCGAUCCAUGGGGAUGGGUCUAAUGUGAGGAGUUACCUCUAUUGUGAGGAUGUUGCUGAGGCUUUUGAAACUAUUCUCCACAAGGGUGAAGUAGGGCAUGUUUACAAUAUCGGCACGGAUAAGGAAAGGACGGUGCUUGAUGUUGCCAAGGAUAUAUGCAGGCUGUUUUCGUUGGAGGCAGAUCAAGUUAUCAAGUUUGUGGAGAAUAGGCCAUUUAAUGACCAAAGGUACUUCUUGGACCAUCAAAAGCUCAAGAACUUGGGGUGGUCAGAAAGGACAACAUGGGCUGAAGGCCUAAAGAAGACCAUGGAGUGGUAUUUGAGCAAUCCAGAUUGGUGGGGAGAUGUCUCUGGAGCUCUUCUCCCUCAUCCAAGAAUGCUGAUGAUGCCAGGAAUUGAAAGAAAUGCAUCUGAUGUGGGUAUUUCUGCCGCCUCUUACAUGGCGAACAGUUCCCAUCGAAAGGGAAUGGUGAUUCCUGUUCCUAAAACCAAUCCCUCUAUUCAGAAACCUCUUCUGAAGUUUUUGAUAUAUGGGAGAACUGGUUGGAUUGGUGGACUUCUAGGGAAACUUUGUGAGAAACAAGGGAUACCGUUUGAGUAUGGAAAAGGGCGUUUACAGGAGCGCUCACAGGUGUUGGCGGAUAUACAGAGUGUUAGGCCCACCCAUGUUCUAAAUGCUGCUGGAGUGACGGGUCGACCCAACGUGGAUUGGUGCGAGUCUCAUAAACCCGAGACAAUCAGUACUAAUGUUGUUGGCACGUUAACGUUGGCUGAUGUUUGCAAAGAGCAUGGGCUUUUGAUGGUGAAUUUCGCUACUGGAUGUAUUUUUGAGUAUGACGAUGCUCAUCCGUUAGGUUCAGGCAUUGGGUUUAAGGAAGAAGACAAACCCAAUUUCACUUGUUCCUUCUAUUCAAAAACCAAGGCCAUGGUUGAAGAACUUCUGAAUGAAUAUGACAACGUGUGCACCCUCAGAGUCCGAAUGCCAAUAUCAUCUGAUCUGAGCAAUCCACGAAACUUCAUCACGAAAAUUGCAAAAUAUGACAAAGUGGUCAAUAUCCCCAACAGCAUGACCAUAUUGGAUGAGCUGCUACCCAUUUCAAUUGAGAUGGCCAAACGGAACUUGAGGGGCAUAUGGAACUUCAUAAACCCAGGUGUUGUGAGCCAUAACGAGAUUCUCGAGAUGUACAAGAAGUACAUCAACCCUAACUUCAAAUGGGUUAAUUUCACGCUAGAUGAGCAAGCCAAGGUUAUCAUUGCCCCUCGUAGCAACAAUGAAAUGGACGCAUCCAAAUUGAAGAACGAAUUCCCUGAGUUGUUGUCUAUUAAGGAAUCACUGAUCAAGUACGUUUUUGAACCCAACAAGAAAAGCUUCACUGCUUGACUCGCAUAUAGCCAUUUGAUAAAAGUAAGAAGAGAUCUUUGCCUGAUGCACGAGUCCGCUUUCCGUUAAAAAUCAUAUAUCUUCAAAUUCUUGUCAUUCUUUUUCAUAUUGUCCUUUUCAUUGAUUUAUAUGCUGCGAUAUCUAGCGUGAUUCCACAUGGUGGUCUAUAUUACCAUUUGUUUGUUCUUAUAGUAUGUCUGGUGUGGUAAUGAACUCCAGAACUAUGUAUGCUAUGUUUAUGUCUCCUUCCAGUUUGGAUUUGUGUAAUAAAUUGGAUUUUACUAUA